GCGUACUGCUGCGCUACCCUGCGCAUCGGCUGCAUGAAGCCGCCCACCACGGUCCCCUUCGACUGCACAGCUGGCCUCAACAAGUGGCGAGAGGGCUGGUCACCAAGGAAGAAGGAGUGGUGCUGCGAGGAGUUCAAAGUGGGCUGCGAAGACCAUGGGCAGUUUGACUGCGACGAUGGCUUUGAGCACUGGAAGGUAAGUUGGUCCCUGGACAAGCAAGCCUUCUGCUGUGACACGCAAGGGCGCGGCUGUGUGGUGACGACGACAGAGCGCUUCGACUGCAAGGCAGGCUUGGACGACUGGGAG